AGUGUUUUAGCACAGUCUACGUUUUCAUUUUAUUAAAGAAGCAACCAAUCCAUUAUAUUGGAAAUGAAUAAUGAACUUAAAGAGGAACGUGAAAAAGUUCCAUUUAAUGUAGAAGAAUUAACUGAUUGGCUUUAUGGAGGUGCUGAUAAAGUCAAAGAAAAAAGAUUUUUAGAAAACUACUUUUAUAAUGGUGUAAUAAGUAAAGCGGAUCCAAGCUAUUUGAGUCAUGUUGAGAAAUAUGAAGAAGCUAUUAGAAAAGUUGGCAUCAUACUGCAAAGGUUGAAACAACUUACAAAUAAAGGUCAAUAUGGUGAAGAAUUAUAUCCAAAAAUAUUAGGUGGAACAUUUAUAAAACACCUUAUUAAGGAAGGGAAUCCAAUAAGUGUGCAUUUCGAUAUGUUUUUACCGGCAAUUAAAAGUAUGGGAACUACAGAACAGCAAGCAGAAUGGAUUCCAAGAGCAGCAAAAUGUGAAAUUUUAGGAACAUACGCACAAACGGAAUUAGGUCAUGGGACAUAUGUCAGAGGUAUUGAAACAACAGCAACAUAUGACCCAUCUACGAAAGAAUUUUUAUUAAAUUCUCCAACAAUUACAUCGUAUAAGUGGUGGCCUGGAAACCUUGCACAUACUGUCAAUUAUGCACUUAUUAUGGCACAACUUUACACAAAUCAUACUUGUCAGGGAGUUCAUGCUUUUAUAGUCCAACUACGUGAUGAAAACACUCAUAUGCCACUUUCUGGAAUCAAUAUUGGAGAAAUUGGAACAAAAUUGGGAUAUAAUACUGUUAAUAAUGGAUUUCUUGCAUUUAACAAUGUAAGAAUUGCACGUAAAAAUAUGCUGAUGAAGAACUCUGAAGUAACAGAAAACGGAGACUAUGUUGUUCAUAAAAAUCCUUUGCUAACAUAUGGAACAAUGACAAUGACAAGAAUAGGAAUAAUUAAUGAAGUACAAAUAUUUUUAGCAAAAGCCGUUGUUAUUGCUAUCAGAUACUCUCUAGUUAGACGUCAAAGUCCAAUUGAUCCUGAUAAACCUGAGCCAAAAAUCAUUGAGCAUAUUACGCAACAAUAUAAAAUUUUUCCUGCAAUGUCUAAGGCAAUAGUUAUGAAUAUUUCUGCAAAAUUUAUGUGGAAAUUUUAUUAUGAUAUUAUGAAACAAAUUGAUAAUGGUGAUUUAUCUAGACUAUCAGAAUUACAUUCCUUGUCUUGCUGUUUAAAAGCUAUUUGCACAAAUGAUGCAACCAAAGAUGUAGAAAUAUGUAGAUUAUCAUGUGGAGGUCAUGGAUAUUUAAAUUCUGCUGGAUUUACUGAUAUUUAUAAAAUGGUUACACCAGCUCAAACGUAUGAAGGUGAAAAUACAGUUUUAUUUUUACAAACAGCACGAUUUUUACUUAAAAGUUGGGAGAAAGCAUUAAAAGGAUUAAAACUCCCAUCAACUGUUGCAUAUUUGAAAUAUCAUAUUAAUUCUAAUCAAAAACAAAAAGAAUCAUUCGAUAGUUCUCCAAGAGGAAUACUUAGAUCUAUGCAAUCAACUGCAGCUGCAAAAAUUGCAACUGCAUAUCGGCAUGUUGAAGAAAAAAAGAAAACGUUUUCUGAAGAAGAGUCAAGAAACUUUUGCGGUUUAGAAUUGGUUAAAAUUUCAGAACUUCAUGGUAGAGUAUUUUUACUUCAAACUGCAGUAAAUGAACUUGAAAAGGUUUCAAAAAAGUCUUCGCCUCAACUUUCCUAUGUGUUCAAAGAUAUUCUUGAGCUUUUUACGGUAGAUACUGCCAAAAAUUAUAUGGGAGAUAUGAUACAGCAUAUCAGCAUAAAUUCUGUUGCAUCAGAAAGAUUACAAGGACGAUUAGUUGCAGUUCUAAAGAGAAUACGUCAAUAUGUAAUUGGUGUAGCAGAUGCGUUUGAUUUUUCAGAUGAGAUUUUAGAUUCCACUAUUGGAGCUUAUGAUGGAAAUGUUUAUAAACGAUUAAUUGAAGCAACAUCAAAUUCGCCUUUGAAUCAUCAGCCCGUGAAUGAAAGCUUUGAAAAAUAUUUGAAGCCUUUUAUGAAAUCAAAUUUAUAAAUAAAUAUUCAUAUGUGAUUUGUACCUUGUAAAAUUGUAAUUCAUGGUUGUGGUAAAUGAACUUUGAUAUAGAACGAUUAAUUAAAGAGAAUAAUCAAGAAAUGAAAUGUAUAUAUAUAUGUAUAUGCACAUCAUACACAAUACUAAUACAGAAUUAGAUAAG